GUAGGCACUAGGGUGUGAGGAGUCGUUUAGUGUUGUAGAUGCGUGUGAGGGGAGUGUUGUGUGAUCUCUGCACGCUCACUACACAAGUCUUCUGCAGCCGGUAUUCUUUUUAUUUAUGAUUCAUCGUUAACCACAAGAAGUAAAGGAGAGUGAAGUGAGAGAGUGAAGCACCACUGACCGUCAGCUGUGAAUAAUGAAAGGAGUACAUCACUGACCGUCAGCUGUGAAUAAUGAAGGGAGUACAUCACUGACCGUCAGCUGUGAAUAAUGAAGGGAGUACAUCACUGACCGUCAGCUGUGAAUAAUGAAAGGAUACAUCACUGCCAAGAAAGCGAAUUAAUUAAUUAUCAAAGUCUCUGGGAGCUUGUCAGCUGCACUAUAUUGCUGUAUCAUUUCCGUUUUGAGUGAUGGCUGCUAUAUCUAACGAGGAAUAUAAUGGGUUCAGAUUUAACAAGUUUUUAAAUGACUGUGGCAGACGGGUCUUGUAUAAAACAUUCCGUUGGGGAACGCCAGACAAGCCUGAUAAUAUCAAGCUGGAUGAUUACUUAAAUGACUUGGGAAAACCAGGAAAGUUUAAUAAAACUCAAAAGGAAUUGAUCGAUAACAGUCCAGACGGAUCAGAUUUUGAUGUAUCGCUGCUCUUCCAGAGCAUCAAACUUGCCUGCAAGGAUGUGGCGGAGUUCAGUGACCCAAAAUGGUUUACUGAAAGUUCAGAAAUGGAGUACUACGUUACAGCCAUAAAGAACAUGAGAAACAAUGCUCUUCACGGUAAACUUGCAAUUUCUGAUGAAGAACUUUUGAAACAGACAAAUAAUCUACUGGACUUCUUGAUUAACUGUCUUAAGGCUUCUGGAGAACGGUAUGGACGGGACGAGGCUGAGGUAAACUUAGAGAUCAAGCAGGUCGAAGAUGAUCUGGAUAACAUCAAACACGAGAUUCUUGGAGAAGAAGAUUUAAUAAAAUAUUGCAGUGACAAAAUAAAGCAGCUUAUGAUUGAGAAUAGCAGUAAGAGAUUGGAGGAGGUCUUCCAAAACAUUGUUUAUAUUAACCCGGUGUCUUUUAUCACAGAUAACCUUUGGCUAGAGGUUGACAAAAUAUUUGUUGAUAUCGAGGUCAAACAUGGAAAACGGAGAGGUGAAGGUGAACACAUAGACUAUCGGGAACUUCUUAAACUUGUUCAGAGCCCAGUUGCGCCUCCUUCUAUGAGCGCUGCUUCCCAACAACCGAGCCCAGCUUUACACCCUACUGUGAGUGCUGCCUCCCAGCAACUGGGACUCUCUGCACGACCACAAAUACUUCUGGUUGAAGGUGUAGCCGGGAGCGGCAAGACUACUUUGGUGACAAUGGUAACACAGGAUUGGAUAAAAAAAGAUCAAGGCAAAAUAAAAGGCCUAGAUAAUUACGAACUCAUGCUGUGGGUACAGUGUAGGAACUCUAUCGUACACUCCUACCUUGACCUCCUGGACCGCCUCAUGCCAGAUGUAUCAUUAAAAUUCAGGAACCUCUUGCCAAGAUUGAUGAAGCUUUGCAAGCUGCUAAUUGUAGUCGAUGGCCUUGAUGAAAUUAAUGAGAACUCGAGAAAACUUGUGAACAGUCUUUUGCAAGAGUUCAAGAAUGCUUCGCACACAACAUUCAUUUGCACGUCUCGACCAGAAAAGCUUGAAAUGUUUAAGAAUACGAUUCCUCGAGAAUAUGAAGUGACAAUUGCUGAGCUACGAGGUAUACUUAAGGACCGAAUUCUCGAGUUCUUACGUCUAAAUCAUCAGGUGAUAAAGAAAAUGACGAAGAGUGAACGAAGUACUGAGCAGCUGGUAAAGGUGGUGGAAAAGUUAAAAGGUCUUCAGGAACACUUAUCGCUACCAAUGAACUUAAUUUUGCUGGUAUACAUCUGGGAUCAGGCGCCAGAGGAGCAGAACAUGACGACCAUCACUCAAACGGAGCUUUACAAUAAAAUUCACCGUCUGUGUCUAAGUAAGUUAUUGGAGAGACUGGCCAAUCAUCCACAGACCAACGCCAUGUCUAAAGACGACCUAGAGGACGGGAUCCAAGGGAUUUUAAAGGUGAUUUACCGGAUAUCGCUCGAAAGUCUCUCCCGUGAUCAGUUGAUCCUUGAGAAUGAAAUUAUAAAGCAAGUAAAAUUGACCUGUAAAAACAAAGGUUUACCUCAGGAGGAGCUACUGUCAGCGUUCCUAAGCUUGAAGCCCAUUUGGACAUGGGAAGGCGUCCAAGAGCGUUACUCUGCACCCCACAAGGGAAUCCAAGACUACUACAGUGCUGAACAUAUUGUGGCAAACAUCAAGUGCGAGCUAAAGUCUCAUGCUCUCAAAGUCUCACAUGACAAGCUUCCAACAACACUUCCCACAACACCUUCCCCAUCAGCCACACCGACACCAGCCCGACAUAGCAGGUUCUGGAGAGUGUUGAAACAUGUUAUGAUAAAACUGAAGAAUAAUACACAUUUCCCUUCACGUUCUGGUAUUAUCCGGAAAGUGUUGAAAGAGACCUUAAAAACAGAUGAAGUUGGCAUAGACAAGUACCAAAAUGUUUUGGUGCAUGUGGCCGGGCUGUUGCAUCUAACCAUGGACCAGGUGCCCGAGGCCUUGGUGCGGGAAGUUGUAGCACUCCUGCACGAGUCUGGGAUGUGGCGUGAGAGUCAGUGGCUCGAUCUUCUCGAGAACACUAAUGUCCUCUCUGUCACAGCUAAGGCCGUGGCCCCCUUCAUCAAUUCUAAAAGAGGUAUAGAUAUAAGUGACAGCCGUGUGAGGAGCUAUGCAGCUCUCCUACCACACCUCAAGCCAUCUAAGGUAUCUAUUUCUAUCAAGAGUGACCCUUCUGCCCUGCCUUGCCUGCCAGACUUGCUGGCUGGCCUCACCCGCCAUCACUGUGUAAUGCUGAGUCUCGAGCACCACUACUACCAUGACCACACAACCACUUCAGACCACAUCCUCCAAUGUUUACAGCCUUUGAGUGACCUGAAGGUAUUCAUGGGGUGUCUGAGCGGUGACUAUGUGGCGGCGCUGGCCCCCAGUCUGGAGCAACUCUACCUAGCAGUUGUGAGUGACGACCAAGCCCGCUUCCUACUGCCUCAGCUCCACACUGCUCUCACCUCCAGACUACCUCAGCUGAUGGUCCUGGAGGUGAGAGUAGCAGCAGAAGUGUUUCCGGCAGCGUUAGUGCCGCUACCCGAAGCCCGGCGAGUGUGGCUGGAUCUGAGUGGUGUGAGCGACGCCUGUGUUAGUCAUGCUUGUCACGUGGCUAGCAAGCUACAGCCCCCUGGCGGAUAUUGGACUAUCGGGUUCCUCGGCGCCACACUAACAGCAGCCGGCUGUCAAGAAUUGAUGCUCGGCCUCGACCACUACAAAGUGAAGGUGGAGAAGUUAGUUGUCCCAGACUUGGACACCCUCUCGCGCCACGAGGAGAACCAGCUGAAGACCCUUGCUAGGACAGUCCUCCAGUGUGGCUUCAUACGACGUGGUUUGUAAUAGGAGGUGGACGGAGUGGAGGGCGAGGCAUUCAUGAGGACGGAGACUAUAUUGGAGAGCGAGUAGGACAUGGCCUAGGACGAGUAGAACAUGGCCUGGGACGAGUAAGACGGGGCCUAGAACGAGUAGGACGGGGCCUAGAACGAGUAACAUGUGGCCUAGGACGAGUAGGACAUGGCCUAGGAUAAGUAACAUGUGGCCUAGGACGAGUAGAACAUGGCCUAGGACAAGUAAGAUGUGGUCUAGGACGAGUAGGACAUGGCCUAGGACGAGUAGGACAUGGCCUAGGACGAGUAGGACAUGGCCUAAGAGGAGUAAGACAGGGCCUAGAACGAGUAGGACAUGGCCUAGGACGAGUAGGACAUGGCAUAAGACGAGUAAGAUGUGGCGUAGGACGAGUAGGAUAUGGCCUAAGCCGUGUAGGACAUGGCCUAGGACGAGUAGGACAUUGCCUAGGACAAGUAGGAUAUGAACUAAGGCAAGUAGGACAUGGACAGGGACGAGUUGGAUAUGGCCAAGGACGAGUAGGACAUGGCCUAGGACGAGUAGGACAUGGCCUUGGACGAGUAGAUCAUUGCCAAGUACGAGUAGGACGAAGGAAAACUUAGGUCAGCCGUUCGAAUUGAAGAAACCUUCACAAGUGGAGUAAUGAUGAAAAUUAUAGUGAUUACCAGAGACACCACCAGCAUCUCAGGCACUGGGAGAAGACCAGACCAGUCUCCCAUGUGGCCAAAGGCACCACCAACAUCAUAGGCGCUGAGAGAUGACCAUCCUCUCAGGGCUGCCAGAGGCACCACUAACAUCACCGGCACUAGGAGAAGACCAGCCUCCCAUGGCAGCCAGAGGCACUACCAACAUGAAAGGCACUGGGAGAAGACCAGCCUCAGUGGGCAGCCAGAGGCACCACCAACAUCACAGGCUCUGGGAGACAACCAGCCACCCAAGGCAGCCAGAGGCACCGCCAAUAUAAGCUCUGAGAGAAGGCCAGCCUUUCAGGGCAGCCAAAAGCACCAUCAACAUCAUAGGCACUGAGAGAAGACCAUCCUCCCAGGGCGGCCAGAGGCACCACCAACAUUAAAGUCUCGGAGAGAAGACCAGCCUCCCAGGCAGUCAGAGGUACUACCAACAACAAAGGAACUGAGAGACGACGAGCCUUCCAAAGCAGCCAAGGGCACCAUCAGCAUCACAGGCACUAGGAGAAGACCAGCCUUCCAGGGUAGCUGUUACGAUCCAGUUAUAUCUAAUUGGUGAAUAAUUGACGUUUAUAUAAAGUCAUGCCUAAUUAAUAGUAUGUAUUAGACAUUAGACGUGCCUCUGGCGCCUUAAAACCAGCUGCUCCGGGUAGAUGGGACUCGAUAGCCUGGGAAGGCAGCCCAUCUAGGGGAAGGAAAAUCCUGGUUUUAAACCUCCGCUGCCUUGCGGCCAUAC